UGCCAAAUUUUAGGGUUCUAGGAGAAUAGAAACGAAUGAAGCGCGCGAGAAGCUCCGAUGAAGAGGAGGAAGAGGAGGAGGAGGAUGACGACGACGAUGAAAUGGACGAGGAGGAGAUCGCGCUGAUCCAAGAGCGAGCGUACCAGGACUGCAUUGGUGAGGUGAGGGAGCUCGUCGGGCCAGAAGCUACGAAUUUGCUUCGCGACACGACGAAGAGAAUCUGCGCUGUUUGCCCGACGAGGACGGAGUUCACUGGCUGGAGAGGGCUCAUCGCUCACGCCGAGACGAUCCGGGACCGGAAGAAGUUUGUGAAUCGGCACCGAGGCUACUAUCGAGCUCUGGUGGAAGUGCUGUCGCCAAAUUCAAGGAUGCACGGCACGACGCCAACUCCGGCCCAGAAAAUGAAGCACGAAGUGAGCAAGGAGAAGCUGCGAUCGUUCAAGAUCGAGGAGAAGAAAGAACUCGUCGCCAGCAGCAGGAGUGCCAUCGAAGCCGCGCUAAACGAAGCCACGCAAAGCUUGGAAACCGAUAGAGCUCGAAGGGAAGAAAUGCAACGACGCUUCGCACAAGAGAUUUCUCGACUGGACGAAGAUUUCGAGAAGAGAAUGAGACGGCAGCAGGCUGAGUUUGAAAAGGUGAACUUGAUGCUGCGAGAGAAGCUUGAUUUCCAGGACUCCAAGACCGAGAAGGAGAAGAUGGAUCAUCUCGAAUACUUGCAACGGCUGCGAGCUAAAGAAUCAAGGAACGCACAAGAGACCGCCUUGAAGCUCCAGGCCAUGGAAAACAAAAAGCAGCAGUUUGAAGCCUCGGUAAGAGAGGCCGAGGAGAAGUUUAGGCAGGAACACGAUAGCUUGGAGAUGGAUCUAAUCGAGCGUGAGAGCAAGGAAAUCCUGGAACUCCAGAUGCAAUUCGAGAAGGAGAUUGCAGAAGCAAUGAAAGAGUCUUCCAACACACCAGUCGCUGCCGCUCCUCCUUCCAGUGACAAGAAGGACGAAUGCUCGCACUGUUUGGAGGAUUUCGAGAACUGUGGCACAAGGGCGUUGCUGAUUCCUUGUGGACAUGCUCUCAUGUGCAUGGAAUGCGCCAAGAAAGUCCAACAAGAGCACAAAAGCUGUCCUCACUGCCGGGCUCCAAUCGAGCAAGUCCACAAGUUUUACAAGUAAGCUUUUGAAAGACAAGCCCUUUAUUCACUGAAGAAAAACUGUCAAAACUUUCCACUUGCAAAAAUCCUUGGUUAUUCACAUGUAUACAA